AAGGAACUUUGACGCAAUUUGCAAAUGGCCGUGAAAAGGAUUGAGCUCGAGGGUGUAUGAAACACUAAAUGGUGGAAAAGUCCGUGAUAAAAACUUGUGAUUAACUCCUGGUUCAGUGUAGUGUUGUUGUAAAAAUACAAAAUGUGCCAAAAGGAUAGAAUCCAGUCUUAAUAGUGGUUUUAGGAAGCGCCUGAAAACCACUGGUGGAUCUAAAGAAAAGAAUUGCUGACUGUGGGGCUGGUGCAGUGUGCGUAGCGGGAGGCGCGCAAGAGUAACCGGGUAGUGGAGACAGGAUUCUGAGCUGCGCGGCAAAAUGAAUGAAUUGGACAGUCUGCGCCAAGAGGCGGAAACCCUUAAAAAUGCCAUACGAGAUGCUCGCAAAGCGGCGUGCGACACGUCGCUCGCGCAGGCGACGGCGAACCUGGAGCCGAUCGGGCGGAUCCAGAUGCGCACGCGCAGGACGCUGCGCGGUCACCUCGCCAAGAUCUAUGCUAUGCACUGGGGCAGUGAUUCGAGGAACCUAGUGUCGGCCAGCCAGGACGGCAAGCUGAUCGUGUGGGACAGCCACACCACGAACAAGGUGCACGCGAUACCGCUGCGCUCGUCGUGGGUGAUGACGUGCGCGUACGCACCGUCCGGCUCGUACGUCGCGUGCGGCGGGUUGGAUAACAUCUGCUCGAUCUAUAGCCUGAAGACGCGCGAGGGCAACGUGCGCGUGUCCCGCGAGCUGCCCGGCCACUCGGGUUACCUGUCCUGCUGCCGGUUCCUCGACGACAACCAGAUACUCACCAGCUCUGGGGACAUGACUUGCGCCCUGUGGGACAUCGAGACAGGCCAGCAGUGCGGGCAGUUCACGGGGCACACGGGCGACGUGAUGUCGCUGUCGCUGGCGCCCGACCAGCGCACGUUCGUGUCGGGCGCGUGCGACGCGUCCGCCAAGCUGUGGGACAUCCGCGACUGCCAGUGCAAGCAGACCUUCCCGGGACACGAGAGCGACAUCAACGCGGUCACCUUCUUCCCGUCCGGCUUCGCGUUCGCCACCGGCUCGGACGACGCGACGUGCCGCAUGUUCGACAUCCGCGCGGACCAGGAGCUCGCGAUGUACUCGCACGACAACAUCAUAUGCGGCAUCACGUCCGUCGCAUUCUCCAAGUCGGGCCGGCUGCUGCUCGCCGGCUACGACGACUUCAACUGCAACGUGUGGGACUCGAUGAAGAGCGAGCGCGCCGGUAUCCUCGCCGGCCACGACAACCGCGUGUCCUGUCUGGGCGUCACCGAGAACGGCAUGGCCGUCGCCACCGGAUCCUGGGACUCAUUCCUGCGCAUCUGGAACUAAAACAUCACCCAUUUCGCAACCGAACACAUCCCCCUCCCCCCAAAUAUCCCCCAACCCCCACUUUGUUACACAACAGACGCACCCCGAUACAGCGAUGACGAUUCUAUUGAUUUGGGCGCAAAAUGCGAUCGAUUGUAUCGCUUUGUUCGCGGUAUUUACACGCUGGACAAAUUGAGACGAAUAAUCGAAUAGAUGGAGUGUUACGAUGUUUCAAGUGAAACAUUACAACGUAAUAUUUUGAUAAAUACGCGAUGACGAUAGAAGCGAUCGCAUUGUAUUCCCAUCACAAUAUCACCUAUAUAUCUGUGAAAUAUGAAUGUAACCGAUCGACGAACGUAAAAUGGCGCCAUGCGUCUUCAAGAUGGCGGUCGAUUCGAAACGCCGACAUGUUCCAGAACUCUCGAUUCACACCACCAUUGGGGGGUGCGUGACUUUCCCUAUAUGUUCUGUAAAAACGCCCUGUUACCAAAUUUCGUGUAAUUAAAAGACAGGGAAUUAUUAAUUACGCACUUUCGCUUUAUUUAUUUUGUAUACAUAGAUGAUAAUCUCUUAACAAAAUGAAAGCAUUUAACUACUGGUGGGUAGUAAUGAGUAUGUCUGCACUGUUUACGAUAUAUUUGUAUGUAAUGUAAUAUUAUUAUUGUUAGCGUAGCCUGUUGGAACCUGUCUGAAGACGGCGAACGCUGCUGUUUUAUUUUUCUGUGACUCGAUAAAUUUCAACGCACUACAGUAUGUCUAAAAGUUACUUAUAAUUGAGAAAAUCCUAAAGAACCAAAUAUUAAUUAUUAAUGUAACAAUGUGUAAUUUAUUGAAUGAGAUUUUUUUUUUGUUUUCGUCGCUAUAACUGAUGUAAUGGUAAUUUAAAAUCUUGAUGCUAAUUUAUGGUUUGUCGUGUAAUUGUAUUUCCUAGGUAAGUGGUCACGUGGUAUCCUAUACGAUGCAUGUUAUAGAUUGCGUUUGUUCGCACAAAUGAGAAAGCUAACGUUGAAAGCACGGACAGACAUUCAAGAUACGGACAUACGGACGACUCGUGAACCAAGACUCGUUGUGUUUUAUUGUAAUAAAGCAGAAUUUCCGUCCUUUUUCAUUUGCACGAACAAACAGCUGUAUCUAAAAUAGCGUAAAGUUGAGAUUGUCAUACAAGAUCUCUAUUGACGAUAGUACAUUUAACUUAUUCUUUUUUUUUCUUGUUAUAAACAAUUUUAAUUUAUUGCAACAUGAUAAUUGACACAUUUUAUGUUCUGUUACCAAAAUAUAUAUUUGUAUAUUAUUUAUGACACGACCGAGUCGGCUUUAAAAUAUCACAAUUAUAAGCUUUUUAUUGAUUUAAUGUUUAAGUCUCGUAAAACAUGAAUCAUUGAAUGAAAAUAUGAUAUGUACGCUUUACAUUUUAAUGUGCGAUGUUUAAGAUGUACCAAUAGAUCCAAUAGGGUACACAAUUGGUAAACGUAUUUGCGGACAAGCCGAUGAAUUACAUUCUUAUUUGUAAAAUUUUGUUCAAAAAAGAAAAACGUAUAAAAUUCGAUAAAAUGCAGUAUUUGAAUGUUUUAUACCGUGUCUCUGGUACAUUUCACCGAAGUACUUAUUAUCACACAACAUUAUCGAAUCGACACACAAGAUCUAUGUACAAUCGUCAACAUUUUUGUUCACACAACAGGACACUCAACAUCGGUCGUCCUGCGUUCAUUUUCCUAGAUUAAGCUAUUUUUAGGAAAUAAGGGUUUAAAAUAUUAAGGCAUUUGUAACUUGAACAUUCUGUGUUGCUAUUUAAUAUGGAACAGAUCACUCAUGUUUUGUUGUGGUUUUCACAGUUUCGGUGAGUAAUGUAACCUUUUUGUGGCAGUAUUGAUUUUUUUAAUUAAGCACAAAGGUUUUAUUAUGACGGCUUCUUUUGUUUCGUCGAUGGAUGGUUGUCGCGCUAUUGUUUUUUUUUUUUUUAACUUAAGCCUUUGUCUUAGAUAGGUUACAAUAUAAUAUGUAGGUGUUUAUAUAUAAGGCAGACGCGAUAAGAUGAAAAUUUAUUCCUCAAUGACUUUGAACUCUGUGUUUACUUGCUACCGAUUUCUGCACAAAACCCGUUUUUUACAUAUAGUUUUAAAUUCAUGCUCAAUAAAUCAUUCGCACAAACGACGCGUAACGAUGUGAACUGAACACACAAAUUAGUUUUUUUUUAAUGUUUUACAGUCGCAGAUUUUGUAAUAUACGGGCAUAUCAACAUACUUUCUGAUAUUUUAAAAUUCCACGCACAAUUCAGUUUUUGGGUUCACCCCCUCGUCAUUGAUCAAAUAUAUCUUAACACACGCAUCUAUUUAUCUUUGUAAGAGUGUUUCGCAUUGUGAGUGUUGUAUUAUCUGUCCAAUUAAAUAACAACUGUCGAGAUUAUUGGCGGGAAAUCGCAGUACCGCGGCGAUAUUGUCUCGUGCGUUGGACAGAUAAAAAAUUGGCAAAUGGAAUAAGCUAUGGUCUGCUAGAUGUACGCCUAGGAUAUAAGACUUUUUUAAAAAUAAAAGUUGUUUUCUACUGUAACGGCUUCUUUUCAGAUCGAUGUACUAUAACAUACGGUUUUGCAUUAUUAUGUAUAAUAUAUUAUAAUUAAUAUGAUAUGAUAUUUAAAUGAAUAGUUUGAUGAUGGCUCCUAUUUGGUUUAUAUUUUCUAUUCAGACCAAUUUUUCUCACUUUUACAUGGACUGCCAUAUAUUAACCUGUAACUGUAUAACUUAUUAUAAUCCUUACAUAAAUUCGAGGGAAUAAAAGUUAAUCAUCAUGAAAUUAUACGCUGACAGUUGGAAAGUUUUCAGUGAACAAAUCGCUUUGACAGCGCUCAUACGACGGCGCAGUAGUCGGUGCAUAACGUGGUGUAACAAACAACACACAAGUGUUCAUUGAACAUUUUUCGGUGUUCAUUAGAAAUAAGGUUUCAAUGGUGUAUAUCCCCGUCGUAAUGAUUAGGAACUUGAUACUAUGAUUGAAUUGUAAAACAGUUUCCUUCGAAAUACACUAAAAA